UACACAGCAACCUGUUGGGGCUUUUGACUUGAGAAUCGCUAGUGUUACAGAAAAUUGAAAAAUGCAAGAUAUUUAUCCGAAUCAUAAAAAUGACGCUAUAACUUGCAUGGAACUUCUUUUCAAAGUAAUCACUGAUGCAAUUAAAGCAAAACGAAAUAAAAUAAUUUUACAAUUUCUAUUUCUCUUGUUUUUAUGUACUCGUUAACCGUUGUAGAUGUGAGUAAGUAUGAUUAGAAGAAAUUUUUGGUUUAAUAAACAUCCAAAAAGGAGGAUUUUAUGCCCAGAGUGAUUUUUGUGGUUUCUUAAAUAUUCAUAAUCUAUUCAUAUUCAACUGUAAAUUUUAAGCAAACAAUUCUACAUUACCAUCAUAAUCAUAAAUUUGCUUGGAGAUUACGUGGCUACUCUACUCAUUUCUCCAUUAUCAAAAAACAAUAUUUGCUGAAACGGAAAUGAAUCCGUUUUAUUGCAAAUACUUAAAACAGAGGACUGAAGUUAGCUCUUCAUUACAAGCAAAACAAUUAAUUGAUGAGCACUUAAAGAAGUAAACUGCGGUUCGAAUAUGAUAAAAGUGAAGAUGAAUCUUAUAAUGGUAUCCAUGUUAUUGCUAUCAAAUACAGUCAGUGCAUCGUUUAAAAAAAAGAACUCAAAGGCUCAAUGUUCAGCAAGUUGUGGAAUUCCCAGGGUUCCUGGAGUUCCCGGUGUACCUGGAUCAGCCGGACGAGACGGUUUAAAAGGAGAUGUAGGAUCUAAAGGAGAAAAAGGUGAACGAGGUAAUCCUGGUCCUCCAUUGAAAAAUGACAUGAUUUUUUCAAGCUGGAAACAAUGUGCUUGGAAAAGAGGCGAUGGUAAAGAUCAUGGAUUAAUUCAGAAUUGUGUAUUCACAAAAAAGUUUGACAACACUUCCAUUCAAGUGUUUUAUGGAGGAACCUUGCGAAUUUAUGGGUGCAAUGGUUGCUGCAAACGUUGGUUUUUUACUUUCAAUGGAGUUGAAUGUAAAAACCCUCUUCCUAUUGAUGGAAUUCUUUUCAUGGAGAAUGGAAAGUCACAAAAUAUCCAUCGACAUCGUCAAAUUGAAGGAUAUUGUAACAAAAUUCAUAAAGGAAAAGUGCAAGUUGGAUUCCGGGUCGGUAAUUGUGCUGGAUAUGGUAACGCAGAUGCAUACAGUGGAUGGAAUUCAGUUUCUCGUAUUGUUAUUAAAGAGGUUCCUCCUCCACAAGAAUAAUUCCUUUAUUCACUUUUCCAUUUAACUCUAUUUUAUGUUAAAGCUUCCGUUUAGUUAAAAAUUCAUGUGUAUUUUAUGACAAUAAUUCAGUUUUGUAAUUUUAACGAGUUGAGUAAGUCUAUUAUUUACUCCUCAAUGAAUAAUACUAUUAAUGCCAGAUAAAACGAAAAUAAGUUGAUUAAAAUUUUAAAUUCAAUCAUA